UGAAAAUAUAUUUCAUAGGUUAUAUUUUUCUUCUUCUCUUCUUCGUUUGACUUAUUUGUUUAUGAAUGCUAAGAACGAUAGGUCGAUCCAAAUCCAAGAAUGUUAUGGCAUGUGUAUGAAUAAAUUCAGUAUUUGCAAAUUAGUUGCUAAAUAAUAUUUUUAAAAAACAAAAUAUCAUUGCUCUUGUUGCGAGAAUGAACGUAAUUCAUGUUAAUUCAAAAAACGUUAUUUUUAUCUUCUUCGCGCUUUUAUCACAUAUUGCUAAAGAAGUGCAUAUGUGCUACGGUAAUGAUCGUGUAAUGAAUUAUGCUUUAAGAGAUUCUAAUGCAAAUUCUACGCUUGUUUAUAGCAAUAAAAAAGAAGAAAUUUUAGGUUUGUGUCCAGCUGGAGUACAGUGUAACGAGUUAGGAGCAGAAUGUUUAAAAUGUAAUUUAAAUUUCAGUUGUAUAUACGGAGAUGUUUAUAUUGCAAAUUGUACUAUAGCGGAAUAUGUUAAUUGUGUAGGUAAACAGAGUUUUCAAAAAGAAUACAUAUGCCGUUAUUGUUAUCAAACCGAACAUUGGGAACAUCAGUGUCAUCUAAAAAAUUCUUGUAGUUCUGUAGCGUCACCUCAACAAUAUUACAAAACAAAUUGUACAGUUAAUAGUAACAUAUUAUGUUUGGGUAAAAGAAAGUUUAUGAAGAAUUUACGAUGCAAUUGGACGGUAGGAUACAAGUGGUCAACUGCAUUGAUAUUGAGCGUUACUUUAGGAGGUUUUGGUGCAGAUAGGUUCUAUUUGGGACAUUGGCAAGAGGGUAUUGGAAAAUUAUUUAGUUUUGGAGGACUCGGUGUAUGGACUUUAAUUGAUGUAAUAUUAAUUUCGAUGAGAUAUUUAGGACCAGCGGAUGGAUCUCUUUAUAUUUAAAUAUUAUAUUAAUCUCGUUAAAACUUAUGUAAGAUUAUUUAACACUUUUCAAAUUUGAUGUAAAAAACUUUAAGUAAUAUAUACCGUGCGUUGUUUCAUUAGAUUUAAUUAAGAAAUUUUUUAUCAUAUGAAAUUAAUAUUUGCUGACUUUUUAAUUGUGAACUGAAACGAUAUGUGAUAUAUAUAUAUAUAUAAAUACAUGUAAUUUUUUUUCUUAUUAAUAUCAAUUAUUUAUUGCUUAGUGUGUAGUAUUUGAUCCAAGUGUUUUUCGAUAUUUUUAAAGGCAACAAUUGUAUCUUCGAUAUCGUUUUCGUCGAUCUGCAAAAUAAAAAAUAGAAUAUAAAAAU